AUGCUGGACUUGCUGUCGCCUCUGCGCGGCUACAUUGCGCAGAACCUACAGUUCUAUCUAAGCAAGUACAUCGAGGACAUCCAGCUCGAAGGAUUCGGGCUUUUCGGGGGCGACCUGGUGCUCAAUGAUCUGGAAAUUAAGCGCCAUGUUCUCCGCGAGAGUCUCGAGAUCCCGUCAAGCUUUGACUUUUCGCGCGGCUUUAUCCGUGAGCUUCGUAUCCACAUCCCGUGGACGCAGUUGCUCUCUCAGCCCAUCGAAGUGAAGCUCUACACCAUUGAGCUUAUCCUUACGGGCAAGAAUAGCGCAGCCAGAACCUCUUCGGUGGAUGCAGCAGUCGAUAGAGAGCCUGAGAUCGAUCAGCCCAAGUCCGGGUGGAUCCACGACAUGCUGCAGAAAAUCCUAGCCAAUGUGAGCGUGCAGAUCAAUAACCUAGUGCUCAAAUACGAGCAUGAUGACGUUGUAUUCUCCAUCGCACUGGGGACUCUCGAUUUCUAUUCUGCUAGUGAGAGCGAUGGGUGGAAACGCAGCUUUGAGGAGCUGAAAGGAGGUCGACGAGCAAUUUGCAAGAGGAUCGAUGCAAAAGACGUUACAAAUUUUUUAGAUAGAUACAAAAGCGAUGGAGCUGCAAAAGAAGAUACGAGACAGGGCACGGUACGACGGAAGGUGGUGGGAUACGAAGUACCAGUGCUGAACAGAACAUCGGUGUCAGUCCGAGCAAAGUUGCAGCUAUUUCCUAGUGCGGCGAAGGAUGACCACAGAAGCAAAUCGACGUCUCCUGCGUUGCCCAUGCACCAGCAGCCACCUGUGGCGAAUCUUGACCGAGCCGAAGGAAAUAUUUUGGAUGUGGAUGGAUUAUUCGCGUACAGGCCAUCCGUUAUGUGUGACCCGUUUUACUAUUACUCGUGCAAUCGCUCAAGUGUGACGGCCAUGUACGAGGUGGACGUUUUUAUUGGCAAACUAUUUUUUUCGGUCAGUGAUAGACAAUUAGAGAUGCUGAACCAACUUAUACAGAGCGCCAGUCGCAAGAUUGACCAAGCUCACGAGCUAUCCUACCAAGUACGAAACUGUAAUUGCGUGAACACUCAAAAAGUGGGUGGCACAUCUACGAAGCAAGAAUCGUGGUUCGGUUGGGCAAUGAACGCCCUGGGUGCUGCUGAAAACGAGGAAGAGGACGGGCUAGUUUCCGAGCUGCUUGCGGAAACAAGCGGGGCUUUGCUAAAUGGCCAACCGGCAGCGAGUGACUCUGGUGAAGAUAUGCUGGUUCCGAGUGGCCCAGUCACAAAAACGUCAUGUGUACGGGUGUGUGUCAGUUCAGCCUUUUUAACGCUCCGUAAGCAUGAACAGGAAGUGGAGGUGGAGCUUCAAGAUUCCACGAUUGUGGAGGACGGAGAAGAGUUCGUUCCUGUGGCAAAUCUUGGCAUGGUGAAGGUUUCUCUUCAAACAAAGAAGCAAAAAGUAGCUCGACCAGCGGUGCCAAUUUUCCACUUGACUCUCAGUUAUAUUGCUCUCGAAAUGCUGCUAGCGCGAGGACAGGAGCAAAGCGGGAUGGACCUGGUAUUUGAAGUCGAAAAAGUGGAACUCGCGUCUGCUACGACCAGCGAAAAUCUAGAGGACAUGAAAUGCAAGAAAGGAGAAGUGUUGCUUGCAUGGGGCUCAAUCGACGCAUCUCACUUCUCCGAUUGCGUCUCGCACCCAUACUUCAUUAGUUCAUUCUUUGGAGAGGAAACAACGCGGCUGAAUCAGCGUGAAAGUCGAAGCUUUGAAAUUGUCAAAGUGAAUCUAGAUGCUAACAUCCCUAUUUGGAAAACAGUAGGCGUUGAGGGAGGUAGAAGAGACUCAGAUGAGAACUCAGACUUCCCGUGCGAUUGUUUUACGACAUGGAACGGCGAAUACAUCCGCUGUAUCCCGAUGACCACUAUAUCUCGAAUAUGCAAGCAUACAAUCAGGCUGAUUGGAUUCAAAGAACGAGUCCUCGAUGAGGGGAUUUUAUCAAAUGCCGUCUCGACAGCUUGGGCUUCGAGUGGGUUUCCUAUUUCAAUCUCUGAAGGAGUAGCGCGUGCUUUGAGUUCAGCCGCGGAUGAAUAUCGAGUACAUCGCGACCUAGAUCUUGGAGCACUAGAUAAUCUAGCGCUACUGCUCCAGCCGCAGCUAGUCACUCUAUUUUCUCGUUACGCGCUUCAUUCGUGCUCAGUGGCUUCUCUCCAUCCAUCAUCUGGUUCCUCAAAUAUUCGCCACCGAAGCGUUCAUUCGGCUGUGCGCAUGCGGUCAGCAUCGACGAGGAGUUGA